AUGCCGGAAAGCCAAUGCGGCUUCCGUCGUCAUCGCGGGACCUCGGAUAUGAUCUUUUCCGCCCGCCAACUUCAGGAGAAGUGCCAGGAGAUGCGGACCCACCUGUGCUCUACCUACGUUGACCUGACGAAAGCCUUCGACACGGUGAAUCGUGAAGGACUGUGGAAGAUCAUGCAGCAAUUCGGCUGUCCGGAGCGAUUCAUUCAGAUGAUGCGUCAGCUGAACGACGGUAUGAUGGCGCGAGUCACGGACAACGGAGCUGUCUCAGAGGCAUUCGCAGUGACCAACGGAGUGUAG